UCCCUUCAGCACUGUACUAAAAUUACGGAAACUUUGGUUAGCAACCCCGACCGAUCGACGACACGAGCUGUCGAGACGCUGUCGACUCUGCGUAGCAUAUGGGUCCGGGUCCGGCGACAUGGUAGCCCAAUUGCACAUGCCCAUCCUGCCAUCCAUGUCAGAGGAUGAAGACGCAUUUGGACUGGACCAAAAGCUGCGCGGCGGCCACACAUUUACUGGCAGCUAGAAUGGUAGCUGGUGUCCGGAUAUCACCACGCCCACGCACGUGGAGCUGUAGAGCCGUAGAGGUAGCUAGUGGAGCUCCCUCUAGUACAGAGCAGCUCACGUACCUUCGGGUGGUGCACAGCUAGCUUACCUAGGACAUCGCAAUCGUCACCAUCCCGAGCUCGUUCGCUUGGCUGCUGCGUUCGGCUUCUGGCUGCUGCGGCAGAGAGCUGCUGCGUGCUGCGGCAGAGAGCCGAGCAGCAGCAGCCAGCUGCAAAGCAGCCAGCCGAACGAGGUUACGUCGUCGGCGAGCGAUGGAGAGGAAGACGGUGGUGCUGUACCCGGGCGUCGGCUUCGGCCACCUCGCGCCGAUGCUCGAGCUGGCCAAGGCCUUCCUCCUCCACGGCGGGGGCGACGGCGCGCUCGACGUCGCCGUCGCGCUCGUCGAGCCCCCCGUCAUGGGGAACGGCUUCGCCGCCGCAGUCGCGCGCGAAGAGGCCGCCAACACCUCCGUCGCCUUCCACGUCCUGCCCCCGCCCGCGCCGGCAGCCGACGGCGAGGCCGAGCAAACCUUGGCCUGGAAGCUCCGCUUCCUCCGCGCCACCAACGCGCCGCUCCGCGACCUCCUCCGCUCGCUGCCGUCCGUCCGGGCGCUCGUGCUCGACAUGUUCUGCGCCGACGCGCUCGACGUCGCGGCGGACCUCGGCCUGCCAGCCUACUUCUUCUUCCCCUCGGGCGCGGCCGGGCUCGCCGUCUUCCUCGCCCUACCCGCCAGACGGCGCAGCAUGAGCACGAGCUUUAGGGAGCUCGGCGGCUCCACCGUCCUGUCGUUCCCGGGCGCUCCCCCGUUCAAGGUCUCUGAGCUGCCCCAGGAGCUCGCCGACGACGGCGAGGGGUGCCAGGCCACGCUCCGCGUGGCCGCCCGGAUGGUCGACGCCCGCGGGAUCCUCGUCAACUCUUUCGAGUCGCUGGAGCCGCGCGCGGUGCGCGCGCUCAGGGACGGGCUGUGCGUGCCGGACCGCCCCACACCGCCGGUCUACUGCGUCGGGCCGCUCGUCUCGCCCGGCGGCGGCGACAAGGAGCACCAGUGCCUCCGGUGGCUGGACGCGCAGCCGGACCGCAGCGUCGUGUUUCUCUGCUUCGGGAGCAGGGGCACGUUCCCCAAGAGCCAGCUCGAGGAGAUCGCCGUCGGCCUGGAGAAAUCCGGGCAGAGGUUUCUCUGGGUCGUACGAAGCCCUCCCGGCGCCGGCGAGGCACUAGACCUCGACGCGCUCCUGCCAGCCGGGUUCCUGGAGCGCACCGAGGGCAGAGGGCUCGUCGUCGGGUCCUGGGCGCCGCAGGUGGACGUGCUGCGCCACCGCGCGGCCGGCGCAUUCGUGACGCACUGCGGGUGGAACUCGACGCUGGAGGGCGUCACGGCGGGGCUGCCCCUGCUGUGCUGGCCGCUGUACGCGGAGCAGGAGAUGAACAGGGUGCGGAUCGUGGAGGACAUGAGGCUCGGGGUGGAGAUGGCGAGGGGCGACGACGGCGCGGUGAGGGCCGAGGAGGUGGAGGCGAAGGUGAGGUGGUUGAUGGAGGACUCCGACGGCGCGCUGGCGCUCAGGGAGCGUGUGGCGGCGGCGAGAGACCGGGCGGCCGAGGCCAUCGCUGAAGGGGGGCCGUCGGAUGUGGCUUUCGUCGAGUUCCUCAAAGACUUAUUGGAGGCUUCGCAAAUCCGCAAGACAUUGCAUCCGUAAAAAAAUACACCCAUAAUAAAUACUAAAUUCAAUUUUCUCUUUAAGAUUUGUAUAUGCUUUAUCUUUACAAAUUUGUGUUUUUCUACUAAAUUGAAAAUUGCUAGCAGCACUAUCUCAUUCUGAUUGCAAAUGAUGGUUCAUUUUUCCUUAGUCAACUUAGGUUGACCA